AUGGAUGAGCAUUUGGAGAAUAGAGGGAAACACUCAGAACCACUAAGCAAGAAGAAUGAAGAUCACUUGGUGGAUAUGAAGGAGAAAGUGGAAGAGCAAGACGAGGAGGCUACUGUAUCAAGUGAAACUCUAAUGGAGAAUGAGGUGGUGAAGGAGAAAGUGGAAGAGCAAGAAAGUGAGGAGGACAAUCAAGAGAAUCCACACUCAAGUGAAGCAGAGAAGCACAUGAAGGAAGAGCUCAUAGAACCACAAAUUCAAGAGGCUCUUGAUGAAGAUGAAACUCCAAUAAUCACACAACCACCAAGUGUUGAUAUCCAAGAAGUGAAGGCAACUAACAAGAGCACCAAUCCAACCCCUGAACCAUCAGCAAGCAAGCUCAACCAAGCCAUUUACAGAAAAGAAGCUUGCUGA